GUGCAGUACAGUAGCUCUCUUGCUUCGUAGAGCGGCACUUCGUCACUUUCGCAGCCGUGCGAAAUCCCGAGGCGAACAAGUAGAGCGAGCCGCGUCGCCAUCUUUAGGAACGGUACCGACUGUCUCCGCUACCGCCGCCUGCACGUCUCUAAGAGCUGAAAAUCAGUCCGCGACUGUAGCAAAGGGAUCUGUGUGUUCAGUGCGACAGCGCGUAAUUACUUUUUGUUUUCUAUCGCGAGAAGACGCGACUACACGAGGUUCGUUCGCGAUGUUCAUUUAAUGCGAGUAGCAAGUCAAAGUUUUCUGUGGUGUUCGUGCCGUGUAAGUCGAGCAGACGACGUUUCGCAAGCUCUGUCACCGAGGGUUGAAGAGCGAUCGAAACCGACGUCGUUCUCUCGCUCUUGUUCGACCCUUGCUCCAAACUAUCGUUCUCGAGCUGCGAUUUUGCCAUUCGGUGCGUACUGCCGCUGUGAGAACCGACAAGUGUUUCCAGUGUUUUGAUUUGUCAAGUCAGAGUGGGACAAAAGUCGGAACGUCGACGAAAGUUGCAAAGAGGUAUAACGGGAGAUUGCGGCGACUGUUUAGAGGAGAGAAUAAAGAGACAAGGACAAGGAAGGGAAGGACUGUGACGGCUUCGGUGAACGAGACGACAACGACGGGCCAGUACAAUUGACAGGAAAGAUGGCGCGAGUUGCGGACGAGGAUUAAUGCUGACCCAUUUUUCCGCGCGAAAUCGCUCGGUCUCGCUCUUUGUCGUACAAUUAAGGGACCACGAAGGUUCAAGCUAGAGUGCUAGAGGUCACACGGUUGUCGUCAAGUAAGUCGAACUGGAGAAAAAAAAGAAAGGAAGGAUAGUCCGUUAGUCGGUAGGAGUGUGUAUUCGUCGUUCAGUGCGCGCGUGUGCCCUGUUCUUGCGUAAGUGUGAGUGCCCUCUUGUACGUGUACAAGUCUCUCGUAGGGCCAACGUCGACAACUGUCGGUGAGAAACAAUUGCGGGCUAUCGGGUGACGAUAGUGGACAGUGGAUAGAGGACAAGGACGGUGAAGUAGAAGGUAGUGGCAAUUUGAAAAAGAGCGCGGUGAUCGGCGGGGCUGUGGUAGGCUCGGCUACGGAAGAGGACAAACGAAAACGGAAACGAAGACGCGGUCUUCUAAAACUUCUUGAGGUGUGUAGAGCCCUGGCUGGCUCGGGUACGUACGCGGCUGCUAAGAUGGGCAACAAUGCCGCAACCGCAAACAAAAAAGUCGACGCCGCCGAGAGCGUCAAGGAAUUUCUCGACAAGGCAAAGAAGGAGUUCGAGGACAAGUGGAAAAGAAAUCCGACAAACACCGCGGCGCUCGACGAUUUCGAGCGUAUCAAGACACUGGGCACCGGUUCGUUCGGCCGUGUCAUGAUAGUGCAACACAAGCCGACCGGGGAGUAUUACGCCAUGAAGAUACUCGACAAGCAGAAGGUCGUGAAACUCAAGCAGGUUGAACAUACGCUUAACGAAAAGAGGAUACUGCAGGCGAUUAGCUUCCCGUUUCUGGUCUCGUUGCGGUUUCACUUCAAGGAUAACUCGUAUCUUUACAUGGUCCUCGAAUACGUACCGGGUGGCGAGAUGUUCAGCCAUCUGCGAAAAGUUGGCCGCUUCUCAGAGCCGCAUUCACGUUUCUACGCGGCACAGAUUGUGUUAGCGUUCGAGUACCUUCACUACCUCGACUUAAUCUAUAGGGACCUGAAGCCGGAGAAUCUGUUGAUUGACUCGCAGGGCUAUCUGAAGGUCACGGAUUUCGGUUUCGCCAAAAGGGUACAGGGUAGAACAUGGACCUUAUGCGGCACUCCAGAGUAUCUCGCCCCCGAGAUCAUUCUCAGCAAAGGUUACAACAAAGCUGUUGACUGGUGGGCGCUCGGUGUCCUGGUCUACGAGAUGGCUGCCGGUUAUCCACCAUUUUUCGCUGAUCAGCCGAUACAAAUCUACGAGAAGAUUGUCAGCGGAAAGCCACGAUUCCCCUCGCAUUUCGGAUCCGAUUUGAAAGACUUACUGCGUAACCUGCUGCAAGUCGACCUCACUAAAAGGUACGGCAAUCUAAAGGCCGGUGUAAACGAUGUCAAGGGUCACAAGUGGUUCGCCAGUACUGAUUGGAUAGCGGUCUUCCAAAAGAAAAUCGAAGCCCCGUUCAUACCGAAAUGCAAAGGGCCAGGUGAUACCAGCAAUUUCGACGACUACGAGGAGGAGACGCUCAGGAUUUCGUUGACGGAGAAGUGUGCCAAGGAAUUCGCCGAAUUUUGAAUUCCCACACCGAUUCAAGAUGGAUACACGUAUCGCGUGUAUAUUCAUACGCGAUGGUUUGUCGCUCGUUUGCUUUUCUUCGGGCGAGAAAUAUAGAUGAAGUAAGAGAGAGAGAGAGAGAGAGAGAGAGAGAACGAGAAGAGAGAGAGAGAGAGAGAGAGAAAGAGAGCGAGAAUGAAGAUAUUAGAAGAAAAAGGAGAGAGAGAGAGAGAAAGAGAGAGUGAAAGAGUGUAAGAGAGUGUAAACGAGAGAAUGUAUUACAUGUAUACACGUAUAUACACGUGUGUGUAUGAACAUAUGUAUGAUUGUGUGCGUUUACGGGCACGUCCGAUGCAAUAGUGUAUAGAGAGAAAGGAAAAGGCGGUUUAGAAGAGCCG